GUCUGAGAGCCAUAGAGGGAGGGAUACACCAGCUUGGCUGUCUGCAUCCUCACACAAUCUAACACUUAGUAAGACAGUAAGACACACACCUUCACAGGUACCCGGUGUGAGGUUAGAUAUUUAUUCUGACAAUUAAGCCCAUCAGCAGUUUCACAAGUCAACAUGAUCUUUCUAAUGGACCUGCAGAUGAUGCUGCUGGAUGUGAUUUACUUCAUCCUGCGUAACUCUGUACGGGUCGUCCUGCGCCCUCGCACCAAGCCCAUCGAUGGCGAGCUGGUGCUGAUCACCGGGUCUGGUGGUGGCCUGGGUCGUCUCUUUGCUCAGGAAUUCACCAAACACGGGGCAGAGGUGGUGCUGUGGGACAUCAACAGCAGCGCCAAUGAGCAGACAGCCAAGCUGGUGCGGGAGAUGGGGGGUAAAGCAUACACCUACUCGGUGGAUGUUACCAACAGGGAGGAUGUGUAUCGAAACGCAGACCUGGUGAGAAAGGACCUGGGCCGAGAUGUUACAAUACUGGUGAACAACGCUGGAGUGGUGGCCGGUGAGCGCAUGUUAGACUGUCCUGAUGAGCUGAUGGAGAGGACCAUGAAGGUCAACUGCCACGCCCUCUUCUGGACAGUGAAGGCCUUCCUCCCUCAGAUGAAGGCCCAGAAUCACGGACACAUUGUGACCAUCGCCAGCGUCCUCGGUCUUUUCAGCACGGCUUGUGUCGAGGACUAUUGUGCAAGUAAGUUUGCUGCAGUGGGUUUCCAUGAAUCUAUGGCCCACGAGCUGCUGGCUGACGAGAUUGAAGGAGUGAAGACUACUCUAGUGUGUCCCUACAUCGUGGACACAGGCAUGUUUGAAGGCUGCAAGAUCCGGAAAGAAGUGGAGAUGUUUCUCCCUCCUCUGGAGCCCCAGUACUGUGUGGAGCAGGCGAUGAACGCCAUCCUGAUCGAUCAACCUUUAGUGUGCAUCCCCCGCCUCACAUACCUGCCUUUCCUCAGCAGAGCGUUGUUGCCAUGGGAAUCCAAUGUGGUUACAUAUCGUUUCAUGGGAUCCGACAAGUGCAUGUACCCCUUCAUUGAAACCAAGAAGACACAAGUGUCUAAUGGUGCCAUUAUGGUGUCAUAAUCAUACAAGUACAGCUACAACCUAUUUGAGAGCCACAACCUUAGAAAUAAAAUCAAAUGUCAUUUAAAGGGUUUAUAAAACACAUGAUGGAAAGAAAACAAAUCCCUCCAGCUACAUGUGAAUAAUAUGAGAUAAAGAAGGCCAAAUUGAGGGGGCUUUGGGUUGAAGGACAAAUUAUUCAGAAAUGUGUACUAGAUGACGACUCAGGCAAGUCGUCAUGUGACACAAGAAUAUUUCUGUAUAUUAAGAUUUAAUCUAAAGUCUCCUCUUAACAGGUUUCUCUCCAUGAAAGUGUCAAAUGAAUGAAGGAAUCCUGGACAGGCCUAAAGGGGAAAUUGGUCUUUAAUAUGUGUAACUAUUAUCUUUACAUAAAAUAAAAUGAUUACAAGACA